AUGAAAACAACCGCGCAUGGCGCGUACUUUCAUGUGCAACAUGCAAUUGUCCUUCUAACGUCGAGUAACAUUGAAUUGAUACGUGAACUUCGACGAAGCGGCAUCAGUACGCUUCGAUUUCGUUUAUGUCAAGAUGGAACCUGGAUAGGAAAAAACUUGAAUUGUUUUGCAUCCAGUCUGGGAUGGAUCGAUGCGGGUUCAAAAACCCAGAAUGCACUGAAUUUGGUACCACUAGCAUUUGUCAAAAUUCCAAAGGAAGAUCGAGUCAAUUUACAAGAAUACAUGACAGACGAAUUCAUUCAGAUGUUUGCACCAAAUCAAACAAUGACAAUCGAUGGUUCGCAGUUCAAUAUAAAGUUUACAUACAGUGCCGAUUAUAAAAUGGUUUAUCAAGUAAUGGGCCUCGCCGGUGUUGCAUCUGCACACCAAUGUAAUUGGUGUAAAUACCAGAAAAUGACGCUUGCGAAUAUUGGACCAUCCGAGAAGAAAAAUGAUGAUGAAGAUGACAAUGAUUACACGAUAAAGAGGCAACCGUCGAAAAAGCGUACAAGAAAACUAAACGGAAAAUCGAAAGUUGCAUCACCUCAAAUUACUCGAGAAAACGUAUUUAAAAUGUGGUCGGCAUUCGAUGUCUCAAAAGGUGCCAGAACGCUAGCCGAACAUUAUGAACAAGUAGACGCUCACAAACCACAGUUUGGAUACAAAGAAAAACCACUGUUUCACAAAUUUUUCGCCUAUGAAGAUAUUGUUGUCGAUUUAUUACACAUGAAAUUAAGAGUCUGUGAUGCAUUGUUGAAACAUGCGAUGAAACUGGCUUGCGAAGUUACGGAUGAAAACAGUACUCAUGAAGAUGCCAAGCAACAAAUGAGAAAUGCGUUCACAUUCUUCAAGGAGCACGCUAAACAGAAUGGUGCUGGCGUAAGUUCAUAA